AACAAAUUCUGUGGAGAAAUCAGAGAAACCAGGAGUCACAUUUGGGGCAUUUCAUCUUUACUCAUUUCAGAAAAGUACCAACAUGUAUACUGGAGAGAAAUUCUACAAGUGCCCUCAAUGUAGGAAAGCUUUUAAUAAAAGCUCAAAACUCAUUUUACAUCAGAGAAUUCAUGUUGGAGAAAACCCUAAUGAAUGCAAUGACUGUGGGAAAGGUUUCCAUCAUAGGUCAAAACUUAACAUACAUCGGAGGGCACAUACUAGAAAAAAUCCUUAUCAAUGCAAUGACUGUGGGAAAAUGUUUAUUAAUGACUCAAAACUUAUUUUACAUAGGAGGAUACAUACUGGUGAGAAGCCUUUUAAAUGUAAUGAUUGUGGGAAAGUCUUCAGUCAUAGGUCAAAACUUAUUAUACACCAGAGAAUUCAUACUGGUGAGAAACCUUUUAAAUGUCAUGAUUGUGGGAAGGCCUUUAUUCGGAGUUCCCACCUCCUUCAACACCAGAGAAUUCAUACUGAUGAGAAGCCAUUUAAAUGUGAUGAUUGUGGGAAGGCCUUUAAGCAGAAUUCCCACCUCCUUCAACACCAGAGAAUUCAUACUGGUGAGAAGCCAUUUAAAUGUGAUGAUUGUGGGAAGGCCUUUAAUCAGAAUUCCAACCUCUCUGUUCACCAAAGAAUUCAUACUAGUGAGAGGCCAUUUCAAUGUAAUGACUGUGGGAAGGCCUUUAAUCGGAGUUCCCACCUCCUUCAACACCAGAGAAUUCAUACUGGUGAGAAGCCAUUUAAAUGUGAUGAUUGUGGGAAGGCCUUUAAUCAGAGUUCCCACCUCUUUAAACACCAGAGAAUUCAUACUGGUGAGAAGCCAUUUCAAUGUCAUGACUGUGGGAAGGCCUUUAAUCAGAGCUCCCACCUCCUUCAACACCAGAGAAUUCAUACUGGUGAGAAGCCAUUUAAAUGUCAUGAUUGUGGGAAGGCUUUUAAUCAGAAUUCCAACAUCUCUGUUCACCAAAGAAUUCAUACUAGUGAGAGGCCAUUUCAAUGUAAUGAUUGUGGGAAGGCCUUUAAACAGAGUUCCCACCUCCUUCAACACCAAACAAUUCAUACUGGUGAGAAGCCAUUUCAAUGUCAUGAUUGUGGGAAGGCCUUUAAUCAGAGUUCCCACCUCCUUCAACACCAGAGAAUUCAUACUGGUGAGAAGCCAUUUGAAUGUCAUGAUUGUGGGAAGGCCUUUAAUCAGAAUUCCAACCUCUCUGUUCACCAAAGAAUUCAUACUAGUGAGAGGCCAUUUAAAUGUAAUGAUUGUGGGAAGGCCUUUAAUCAGAGUUCACACCUCCUUCAACACCAGAGAAUUCAUACUGGUGACAAGCCUUUUAAAUGUAAUGAUUGUGGUAAGGCCUUCAGUCAAAGGUCAAAACUUAUUAUACAUCAGAGAAUUCAUACUGGUGAGAAGCCUUUUAAAUGUAAUGAUUGUGAGAAGGCCUUUAAUCGGAGUUCCACCCUCCUUAAACAUCAGAGAAUUCAUACUGGUGAGAAGCCAUUUAAAUGUAAUGAUUGUGGGAAGGCCUUUAAUCAGAAUUCCCACCUCCUUCGGCACCAGAGAAUUCAUACUGGUGAGAAGCCUUUUAAAUGUAAUGAUUGUGAGAAGGCCUUUAAUCGGAGUUCCAUCCUCCUUAAACACCAGAGAAUUCAUACUGGUGAGAAGCCAUUUAAAUGUAAUGAUUGUGGGAAGGCCUUUAAUCAGAAUUCCAACCUCCUUCAGCACCAGAGAAUUCAUACUGGUGAGAAGCCAUUUCAAUGUCAUGAUUGUGGGAAGGCCUUUAUUCGGAGUUCCACCCUCCUUAAACACCAGAGAAUUCAUACUGGUGAGAAGCCAUUUAAAUGUAGUGAUUGUGGGAUGGCCUUUAACCAGAGUUCAAAUUUAAUUGUCCAUCAGAGAAUUCAUACUGGAAAGCUUAUUAAAAAAUCAUGAAUGUGGUAAAGAUUUUAA